CCUGUCAUCUAUCUCAGAAGUUGACUGGUCUGCAUCGUCCGAUGGAGGUUCUGCCCGAUGAUUGUUUUGCGCACAUUUUGUCCAUGACGUCUCCUCGAGACGUUGGUAAGUCCUCUCUUAUUUCGUCCAUGGUGCGAUCAAUGGCGAAUUCAGACAUUAUCUGGGAGAAGUUUUUACCACCCAACUAUCAUGAAAUUCUCUCUAGGCUGGUAGCUCCCCUGAUCUAUUCCUCAAAGAAAAACUUGUUUCUCAGUUUAAGCAAACCCCUUCUAAUUGAUCAGGGUAACAAGGUAUUCUCAAUAGAGAAAUCAACGGGUAAAAUAUGCUACAUGCUGAGUGCGAGAGAGCUUGCAAUUGCGUGGGGAAGCAGCCCUCUGUAUUGGUCCUGGAAACCUUUUCAAUCCUCAAGAUUUGCAGAAGUAGCUGAACUGAGAACCAUAUGCUGGCUAGAAAUCAGGGGGAGCAUGGACGCCGCAAUGCUAUCGCCGAGAACGAUAUACGGAGCGUUUCUGAUAGUGAAAGUGGCGGAUCGAGCAUACGGAUUGGACUCGCUGCCGUCGGAGGUGUCGGUGGAGUUUAGUAAUUUCAAGUCAAAAGGGAAUGUUUAUGUGAGAUGGCCACUGAAGGAGAAGGAGGCGAGAAACAGCGAGAGAACAAGAGGCUCAACCUCAGGAGGAGAAGGGAGAUGGCCUUGUAAGCGAGAAGACGAUUGGCUGGAGAUAGCGCUGGGGAGUUUCUUCAACGAAGGCGGGGGAGAUAAUGAGGUUAGAAUGUCCUUCAAGGAGGUCAAAGGCGUCCAUUUGAAAGGCGGCCUCAUUGUUGAGGGUCUUGAGGUCAGGCCCAUUACAUCGGACCAGGCCUUCACCUGAUCUUUUGUUUUUUUUUUGCCGUUUCUCACUCAAACCCUAACCCUAGCCCUAGACGUUCUCUAUAAAUACCAAUGUUAUUUCUCUUGCAGCGUGCUUCUUCUUCUGCGGUCCGCGCCUCCUUGAUCUUCUUGUUUUAUUUGGGUUUUAUAUGUGAGAGGGUUAUUUUAAACUUCUAAUGCAGGCAAUCUGUUGAUGCAUUCGGAUAUAGAUGCGAUAAGGUUAUUUGAGUGACCUGCGUGGUUGCCAAUGGGCCAGUUGCGAUGAUGAUAUUUGUGUUUUCCCAGCUCACUACGAGGCCUUUCGCAAGGUCUGGGAGUAUAACUUCUCACAUCUAUCUGAGCUUUCCUCCACUUAUCUGUAUGUUUGAUCAGUCUUUACUUUCUAAGUUAGUUUGUUGGA